GGCAAGCCGCUCACCACGUUCAUGCCUUCGGAGGAGGACCGGAGGCGCUUCCUGCAGCUGACGUCCUCUUCGGCGUCAGGCGAGCGGCAGACCAUGUCGCCCGGCGGCGGGCGGCUGGCGGCCGCGACGCACGUGCAUCUGCGGGACUGCCGAGGCUCCGUGUUCCGCGUCGAGCUUUUCCACACGCAUUUGCAGGCGCCGCAGACGCACCAGCACCACCUCAUCGGAAUCAGGUGCGUGUCGGUCGGCGACGAGUACGCGGAGGACCACCAGGCCGACUUCGACCCCGGGGAGCAGGGCCUCCCGCGGCCCUGCUCCCUCGAGGUGUGCUACGACGAGGGCAGCGAGGCGGCGGAAGCGAAGUCCGAGAAGUCCGAGGACUUCGCGGAGCCGCCCCCGCCGUCCGAGGCGAGGUCGCACAGGACGGAGGUCGAGUCCACCCUGCGGGGGGUCACGGACUGCGGGAGCCUGCUGGCGGCCGAGUUCUGGAGGUGCCCCAGGUGCGGGGCCACCAAGCAGGACUGGGGCGAUGUCAUCUCCAUGGCGUCGGGCGGCUCCGUGGGCAACGACAGCGUCGCCUACCGCGCGGGCCGGGCGCUGCCGUCCCUGCGCACGGCGCCGCCCGGGAACGGGCACGGAGACCUGCAGACCUUGUUCGAGUGGGCCCCCGAGGUGUGCCGCGACGUGGUCCCGGAGGCCGCGGCUACCUACAGGCUGGUGCACAACGCCGCGCUCUCCCUGGAGGGCCAGGAGCACGUGCAGUACACGCAGGGCCUGGAGCUGACGAUCGUGGACCUCCUCCUCGUGGGGCUGAGGUUGGAGAAGGAGUGGUCUGGCCUGAGGCAGGGCUGGCACAACGUCGUCAGCUUCGUCGUCGGCGCGCACCCGGUGCCGCUGCGCCGGUUCGUCCACUUCGAGCCGGGCGCCGACCCUGCGGAGCCACAGCAGCAGCAGGUGGCCUGGCAGCUGCCGCGGUUCCCCGGGAGCGACGUGUCGCCGAAUUGGUGGGAGCUGCGGCCCGAGGAGAUGUACAACAAUGUCCGGAGCUCGGUGCUCAGCCGGAUUGACAUGUUCGCAAGACAGGCCGCGCGGCGCGCGGGCGCUCUCCGCUCGCAGGCGCUGCGCGGGGUGGCUUCCCCUACCUUCUCCCGAACAACGAGCCCCCAGACCUGA